UACGUACUAUUUAUGAAGUGGUAGAGUACUCCAGACUUAAGUAGUAGGUAGAUAGGCAGACACUGCCCCUCCAUACUUUCCCCUCUACUAUGAGCAGCAGUAACAGUGGUCGCUCGGCUCGGCUAGACAACUUACUAACCAGCUAGCUACACACCAGCCACUCCCUCAAACCCAGCCACCCAAUUGACCCAUGACCACCAGCCCAGCCUCGCUCACCGCCUCGCACCAAAUCAGUCGCCCACGUCAUGUGAAAGCCACGUGAACUGGAUGACUUCCUCCGUGGGGUGACCUGAUACCUACCUACCUAUCUUUGUUUUUUUCCUCUAUUGCCCACUCACAAAGAACAAUCCCACGCUCAUAACCUUUACUAUUCCUAUUGAUACAAUCCGUUGCUGCGAAGCACUCAACCUGUCAGAUCAUCAUCCCCAAAUCUUCCUAUCACCAUGCUCGGACGUCUCAGCCACUACGCAUUCGAUGCGGUUCUUAUCUCUGCCUUCCUGGCUGGCGUGAAGCGCUCGACUGGAUUAACUCUCAACUCCGACAAAAUCACCGAUAACAAGGACUUCAAGAAGUGGAUCGAUAACUACCUGGGUGUUGGCGAGUGGGUGAUGGAUCAGUCUGUGGCUGUGUUGGGGUCCACGAGCUACUUCGAGCGCAAGCGGUAG